AUGAGCUCCAUCUUUCUUCCCCAUCUACGAACUGGUUGGCAUGUCGAUCAGGCCAUCUUAUCCGAAGAUGAAAGACUUGUCAUCAUCCGUUUUGGCAAGGACUAUGACCGCCUGUGUAUGAUAAUGGAUGAAGUACUUUACGGUAUCGCCGAGAAGGUGAAGAACUUUGCCGCUAUAUAUGUCUGUGACAUAGAACAGGUUCCUGAUUUCAAUGAAAUGUACGAGCUUUACGAUCCUUGCACAGUGAUGUUCUUUUACCGCAACAAACACAUGAUGUGUGACUUCGGCACUGGCAACAACAACAAGCUCAAUUUCCUAAUAGACAGCAAACAAGAGAUGAUUGAUAUCAUCGAGACGAUAUAUAGAGGUGCCAUUAAGGGCAAAGGUUUGGUGGUGAGCCCGAAAGACUACAGCUCUGCGAGAUUGAGGUAA